AUGGAGAGGACUUCGAAUGUCAGCCGGGACAGUGGUUAUCUGUGGUGGAAUUCUAGCUACAGUCAUCUUACUGACUAUCGUUGCAGUACUGUGCUACUGUAGGUUGCAGUAUUAUUGCUGUAAGAGGGAGGAGCCAGAGAGGGAGGAGGAGGAGCAACCGGACAUCACCACCAUGUCCUCUCUCCCCACACCAGUACACACAGCUGGGGACCUCGACGUGAUGACCACGCCCCCCUCCGAGCCUAACGGGCCCGCCUUUGUCUACACUCCGCCCCUGGUCCGCAAACCAGUGACACGCUCCCAUACAUUCUGCCCCUCCUGCACGCCUUACUCCCUGCCCUUCUACCUGCAGCACCCCUCUGAGAGGCUGCGUAACGGCGGUGGGCGCAUCAGCUACAGGACUGUGCAGCAGCAGGAGCUGGACCUGCCCAUGGACCUGGCCAGCUUCAACCACAAGCUCAACCUCAUCCGCUCUGUCACCAUGAGGGAGGUGGUCACCCAUAGCCACAGUGUCAGCACUGACGUGUAGCCCCCUGGUGGCUGGGAGGACCAAUGUCAGUGACCUGACCUGGCUGGAGGGAAUUUGAUUUAACUCUUACUUAGUGUAGAUAUUUUCCACCUCAACAAAUCGAUGGGUACGUUCACUCACUCACAUGAUGUAAAGAGUUUAUUUUUUUGGUCUCACGUGUAGAUAUAUGGACACCUAGUCCUGAAUUCACCUUUUUCUUUUCUCACGUCAUGCUUUCACUUCACAGGUUAAUUUGUCAGUAUGUUGAUGGCAAUGUGUCAAUCUGCUCGUCUUUCUUUAGAGGAUUAUGAUUCAGACAGCAAGAACACAGCAAGGACAUGGUGUGUGUGUAGGUGUGUGUGUUUGUGUGUGGGGAAGCACAUGAACAGUAUUUUAAAAAGGGCUUAAUAUCAUAGGCAGCAUAGAGGAUCUGUGAUUGUGAGGGAGACAUUUUUUCUCAAGAAAAGCUUAAGCUGGCAGAACAGGGCCGCUGGAAAACGU